AUGAAGGGGUCCAACAAAGACCAGGAUGACUUGGAUGCCUUGUUUACGGUGGACACGAAGGGGUCCUGCGAAGGCCUCUCCCAGGCGUCACGCAAGGAGGUCGCACGUGCCAAGAUCUUCAGAGAGAAAGGGCCCGACCUGGGUCUGUCAGGCUUUGAGGAGGCCAAAGUUGCCCGAGCCGCGCAGACCCUGGAGAACAGGCAGCGGCAGAAGCCAAAGGCCAAUCAAGAGGUGUUUGACCUGUGGUCGACUCCCACCAAGGCCGAACAAUGGAACGCCGAGCGCGCCGAUGAGGAGGAGCAUGUCGCAGUGUGGGGUUUGUAG